UGUGACCUGGCAAGAAAGAAAACAUGGAGAACUAUGAAGUCAUUCGAAUGAUUGGAGAAGGAGCGUUCGGAAGAGCAUUUUUGACGAAGGGAAAAAGAGACAACAUCCAAUCUGUAAUAAAGGAGAUUAACCUUUCUAAGAUGCCUCCAAAGGAGAAAGAGGCGUCUCAGAAAGAGGUUACCCUUUUGUCUAAAAUGAAACACCCAAAUGUUGUAACCUUCUUCACGUCAUUUAAAGAGAAGAAUAGUCUGUACAUUGUGAUGGAAUACUGUGAUUGUGGCGAUCUGGCGAAGAGAAUAAACAAGCAGAGAGGCAUUCUCUUUGAUGAAAACCAGAUUCUCAGUUGGUUUGUGCAAAUUUCUUUGGGACUGAAGCAUAUCCAUGACCGCAAAGUGCUUCACAGGGACAUUAAGGCGCAGAACAUAUUUCUUACCAGUAAUGGGACGAUCGCCAAAUUGGGAGAUUUUGGUAUAGCAAGAAUGUUAAACAACACAAUGGAAUUUGCGCGUACAUGUGUUGGGACUCCUUAUUACCUUUCUCCAGAAAUCUGUGAAAACCGGCCUUAUAAUAAUAAGACGGAUAUCUGGUCUCUUGGCUGUGUGUUAUAUGAACUGUGUGCCCUUAAACAUCCCUUUGAAGCCAGCAAUUUGCGACAGCUGGUGCUGAAAAUCUGCCGUGGUAGUUGUGCUCCCCUUUCCUCAAGAUAUUCAUAUGAUCUUAGAACACUUAUUUCUCAGCUCUUUAAAAUCUCUCCACGUGACCGACCAUCCAUCACAUCCAUAUUGAAAAAGCCAUUUUUAGAGAAACGCAUACCCAAUUUUUUGACACCAGAGUUAAUAGAAGAGGAGUUCAGCCAUACUGUACUGCAUAAGAACAAGCCUCAACCUGCGAAACAAGCACGAGUGCCAGUCACCCCGAAAGCAUCUCCAGUUCCAAGAAACGGGAAGAGCAGAGUUCAGGAACUUCAGCCUGGAAGACAGAAAGUGGUGACACCUCCGGGAAGAGCGGACUAUCCACAUAAACAUGAAUGGAAGCCACCUUCACGAGUACAACAUUACAGCCCUGUUAUGGUGCAUGAUCAGAACUGGAGACACAGAAUGGAGGUUGUUGAGAAAGCUGCAGCUGGACAAUAUGGGCAUGGGCAAUAUAACCAUUAUUACGCCAGGUUGAAUGACAUGCAGAGAAGGCCCUAUGCGUACCAGCCUCACCAUGGACCACCAAUAAACCACCACAUCGAUUCUCCACAACAUUUGAAUGAUUUUUUACAGAGAAAACAGGAAGCAGAAAGGAUUAAGAUAAAGGUUGAGAAGCAGCUGGGGCUGCGCCCAUCAUCUGCCGACCAGUUCAGAAAGCAUACACCAGUAUCAAGGCAUGAUAUACGUCCUGAGCCAACUCCACAAAAGCAACAAAGGGAUAAUGAGGUACUUCCAGUAUAA